UCACUCAUGUGCCAGUUUGGAAAAUACUUGUUUUUAAUUUCAAUUAAUAAUGCUUCCAAAAUCACCUCUGGCACCAUCUAUCAUUCAUUCACCUUGUGACUAAGAUCUCUCACCCUCUCACUCACAAGUACUUUUAAAAUUCCUAACAAAUCUAUUCUUCAAUCUCAUAUUCCACUUCUCAUCUCUAGGUUCUUUUGUUACCUGAGUCGCGACGUCAAGGUUUUUGAUAUCUCAGGACUAAGAUAUCAAUCACACUGGUCGCCGCGAUUCUCUAUAUUAUAUUGAUCGCAAUUCUCUGCAAUAUCAAAGAUCACGACGAUGCAAGACUCAAUUGGUGUUCCUGCUUGCUUUUCCACUGCGGAGAAGCUUGGCGAUGAUCAUGGCGCAGGCGUGACACGUUCUGGUCAGAGUGUUUACAUGUCAGUAUACAGAACAAAGGUAGCUGAUCACUGCCGUUUGAUAACCAUCACAUGGUGCAAGAAUCUUUUACUUCACGGGCUUUCGAUAUCGGUAGAAGGUCCAGAAGGAGAAGCUCAAUAUUCCUGCAAGGUUGAACUAAAGCCAUGGUAUUUUUGGAGGAAACAAGGCUCCAAAAGGUUUGUAGUAGAUGGUAAUAAAGCUGUUGAUAUUUUCUGGGACCUUAAAGCUGCUAAAUUCAACGGCGAAACAGAACCAACUUCGGAGUACUAUGUAGCUGUUGUUUGUGAUGAAGAGGUUGUUCUUCUUCUAGGUGAUCUUAAAAAAGAUGCUUAUAGAAGAACCGGGUGUAGACCAGCACUUAUUGAUCCGAUAUUGGUUUCGAAAAAAGAACAUAUUUUUGGAAAGAAGAGAUUCUCAACUAGAGCUAAGUUUCAUGAGAAGGGUAAGUGGCAUGAGAUUUCAAUUGAAUGCAAAAACCGAGGAAAUGGAAAUGGAGAUUCUGUUGUUGUUGGAUCAGUUCAGCCAGAGAUGGAGAUAAGAAUCGAUGAACAUUUGGUGAUUCAUGUGAAGCAUUUGCAGUGGAAGUUUAGAGGUAAUGAAUCAGUUCAUCUUAGUAAAAUGAGAAUUGAAGUUUAUUGGGAUGUUCAUGAUUGGUUAUUUAGUCCUGGUUUAAAACAUGCUUUGUUUAUUUUUAAGCCAAUUUUAUCAUCUACUAUUUCAUCUUGUUCAUCUUCUCCACUGUCAAUUCAAGCUAGAAGUGUUGAAUCUGUGGAAGGGUUUAGUGUGAGUGGUUCAUCAGAGUUUUCUUUGUUUCUUUAUGCUUGGAAAGUUGAAUGAAAAGGGUCACUGUCAUAGUCAUUGAAAAUGAAGUACUAGUACUCUUUAUCUAAGAUGGAAAAUGAAAUGGGUCACCAAAUAAUGGAAUGGUGAGUGAGGAAGCAUUGAAAAUGAAAAAGCUAGUGGGACCAAAAUGGGUUUGGGAGUUAGUUACAGCUGGUGUUGAAGCAAAUAAGCAUAAUUGUAGAACAAGAUAGAUUGUAUCACAUGCUCAAUAAUUCUCCAUAUUGAGAUAUCUACAUCUACACCUAUAUUUUGCAAAAAUUGGAAAUGUUCUUUGUUGAUCUAAUCUUGGUAAUUGAGCUAUAAAUGUUAGUACUUCAAACUGAAUUUUGUAUCACUGAAAUAUAGACAAUGGAUUAGUAGUAUUAUUGUGAA